CUCGUUUUCAAUCCAAGAUGUCAGCCCCCAUGAAAAUGUGAAAAUUGAUUUUGGCUAGGGCUCGAGUUUGUUUUUUUAGUCGAUACAAACAAAAUUAAAAGAAAAUGUCUGCUUUUCUAAGAACUUUUAGUCUACCAUCAUUUAUUGGUUUGGGUGGAUAUGGAUUGUAUGUCAUUGCCAAGAAUACUUUAUUCCUUGGACAGGAGGACGUACAGUUAUGUGAUUAUUAUAAUCAACCAAUAGAUAUGUCUGAUGAACUGAAGGAUAUAGAAAAAGAGCUUAUACUGAAAUUGGAUUGGGAAGUGAAGUUGUUAGCCAAUAUCCGAUUAUUUAUGAGCGAAGAGAUUGAGAUGUGUCAUAGAGGUUUGAUAAAUGCCAAAACUGGUGCUAUAAUAGGAAUACCACAGACAUUUCACUGCCAUAAAGUCAGUGAUAUAUCAUGUUGGGAUGAUAUCUGUAAAUUUUAUAACAUUUCUCUUGACAAAUCAUCUGAAAGUCCAAAAGAACUCGGAGAAGCAUUAAUCCUUAGUAACAAAGCCAAAAAGUUUGCUAUUGCACGAGAAGUAUUUUUAGCCAAAAGUUAUCAUAAGUUUAUGCCGCUAUUAUUCAUGUUUUCGUCAGGAUUCCUAACAUACACAGUGUGGUACUAUUUGGAAAAGCCAUUGAAAUCAAAAGCAUUAAUUAGAAAUUGUGUGCAUAUAUUUGGCAUUCUGUUGAUGGUAAAAUUGUACUUAGAAAUGAUGAUUGUUUAUACACGUAGACUAGAACGCAAAGUUGAUGUGGCAGCUUGUAAGAUGGAGGAAGAUUAUGCUGAAGGUGGAAUUGAAUAUUACGAUAAACUAAUUAAAACUCAGCAGGUUGUAAGUCUCCUGCAGAAUGACAAGGAACUAAGCAUAAUAGAUCAAAUGUUAGGUACUGUUUCAAGCUUUUCUAGAAGUCGUCAUUUAACAUUAGAGGAUAGAAGAAAAACGGUUGAAAACUAUGUAAAUAAAUUGACUGAAGAACAGAAAUCAACAAACAGUUAAAAACAGGAUCUGAUAAUAGUAUUUGAUUUUAGAAAUAAAUGAUUAGUGUGUUUUG